AAAUCGGCUCAGUUCGGUUCCGCCGUUCGACCAAGUUCGAACUGUUCCGCGGCAAAUGGCGGCGGCUAAGACGGCGAUGGGAAACAGCACGGUGCCCGGCCCGAAGGACCUGUCGGGCAUGUCCGCGGACCAGCUGCGGGAGUUCCUGAACUCGUUCGACGUCGUCCUCUCCGACUGCGACGGUGUCCUCUGGAACUUGAACGUGCUGAUCCCGGGAGCCGUCCAGGCGCUGAACCGACUCCAGGACAUCGGCAAGAGGGUGUACUUGGUGUCGAACAACAGCCUGGUGCCAUACAGCCGCUACGAGCAGAAGACGAAGUCCGGCGGCAUGGAUCUGAAAAAGGAUCAACUGAUAAACCCGUCGAAAGUGAUCGCCUGGUACCUGAAGAAGGUUCACUUCCACGGCAAGGCUUUCGUGAUCGCCAGCAAGGCGUUCCGUCAGGUUCUGGCCGAACACGGCAUCGACAUGUUGCCGGAAUCGUUUCCACCGACCAACGAAGACAACGUGGAGGAUUCGAUAAGGAACUUAUUCAACGUCGGAUCAACGAAAGCGGUGAUCGUUGAUUUCUCGAUAACCGACGGAUGGACGAAGCUCGUUCACGCGAUCAACUGUCUAGCCAAGGAGGACGUCCUAUAUCUGUCCGGGGCGUCGGACGAGUGGCUGCCCUUGGGCAACGACAAGAAAAUCCUAGGCUGCAAACACCUGAACGACCUGAUAUCCCAUUAUAGCGGAAGAACUCCGAUAAUGUGCGCGAAACCGAGCAGCGUCCUCGGGGACUGCGUCCGGGAGACCUGCCAGAUAAACGACCCUAAGCGAUGCCUGUUCAUCGGGGACAUGAUCUCCACGGACAUGAUUUUCGCGGCAGAAUGCGGAUUCCAGAAGCUGCUCGUGGAGACGGGCGUCGAUAAAAUCGAAGACGCGUUGGGGGAUGUUAAGACGCGGCCCGAUUACUAUGCCUCGAGUCUAAGAUCGCUGCUCGACGGCAUCGAUCAGCUGUCCAACGAGACCGCGGGCCGCGAGAAUAGUCGAUGACCGUCCAAUUCGAUCAGAGCAGCGACGAUUGUAACGCCGAUUACUGAAAUAAAUUCGCUCUGAAAUUUUCCAAA